AUGGAUCUCGCACCCCUCCCCGCGCCUCUCCAUCUCCGACCCCUCCGAAUCCGUUCCGUUCCCACUUCCUUCGCGAUCGUCGAGAUGCAACGUUUCCUCGCCGAUGAAACGGCCACUCGAGUCCUGAGUGGCGCAGGAGCAAGUGCGAUCAAGGAGGCAUUGGUGCGAUUGGUCAAACGUCUUGAACAGGAACAAAGCGAGGAGUCGGCUUCGAGUGCGACGAAGGUGGACACAUCGUCGAUUUCGGAGAAGGAAAAGGACAAGGGCAGGAAGAGGAAAGUCGUCGAAUCGGAGUUGACAAAGGACAAGAUGCAGAGCAAAAAACACAAGAAGGCAUAG